AUGGUAGAUAAUCAAUGUUAUGCGGUGGGUGAUAAAGAAGUUAUUAAUGUCAUCAGCUACCAAAGCCCUGAGGUGGUUGCCAAUCAUUUGGAUAGUAUGAGAGUUGAUUUUAAAGAUAUUGUUCCUACGUCUGGAAUGAAGUUUGAAAGUGAGACAGAAAUGUUUGAUUUAUACAAGAAAUAUGGUGAACUUAAUGGAUUCCCUGUGAAACGAAGAACAUCAAAUAAGGACAAAGAUGGAAUGUGCAAGUAUGUUACAUUUACUUGUGGGAGAUCAGGUAAGUUAAUUAGCCGGUCCAAGAAUGUUAUAAGUCAUCAUCCGACUCAAAAGAAUGGUUGCAAAGCUAGGUUAAGAGCUCGGAUAUCAACAGCAGAUGAGAAAUGGGAGAUAACUUCGUUUGAGGACCAACAUAAUCAUGCAUUGAGUCCAAACAAAGCAAGGCCUAACAAAAGCCACAACGCACAAGUUAUUGCAACAGGAGGCCAUGACAAUUUACCAUUUUUGCAAAGGGAUACUAGUAAUCUUAUUGCGAAAGUGAGGCGUAUGCGAAUGGGUGAAGGCGAUGCUAAUGCAAUCCAGGGUUAUUUUGCUAAGAUACGAUCUAAGAAUGAAGGUUUUUUUUCGUUGAUAGAUUGGGAUGAGGAAGAAAGGUUAAAAAGUGUUUUUUGGGAUGAUCCACGUAGCAGAGCUGCUUGUCGUGAAUUCGGUGAUAUUGUUACAUUUGAUACUACAUAUUUGACAAAUCAGUAUGACAUGCCAUUUGUUCCAUUUGUAGGUGUUAAUCAUCAUGGUCAUUCUAUUCUUCUUGGGUGUGGUUUAGUUUCUAAUGAAGACACAAACACAUUUAUAUGGUUGUUUAGAACUUGGCUUACAUGCAUGUAUAACGUGCCUGAGAAGCUUGGGUCUUUUAAGAAAUACGUUCGCAUAACUUAUGCUAUGGGGAAUGCUAUAUUUGAUUCUCAGAGUGUUGAUCAGUUUGAAUGUGGUUGGAAAUUGAUGGUUGAAAAGUUUCGGUUGGAAGACAAUGCUUGGUUGUCAUCUUUGUACGAGGACAGGGAAAUAUGGACAACUCUUAAGCAGUUUGUGGAACAAUACAACAACGCAUUGAGGGACAAGGUUGAGAAGGAAAGUCUUGUUGAUUAUAAUUCAUUGCACAAGCAACUACAAUUUGUAACUUCAUUUGAAAUGGAAAAACAGAUUCAGAAAUUAUACACUGAAUCGAAAUUCAAGGAGUUUCAAAGUGAGUUAUGUGGGAUGAUGUACUGUGGGAUCUUGGAUGUUGAGAAUAUUGGUGAUUCAAAGGUCUUUAAUGUGGAAGAAGAUAUUGCAUUUGGUGAGAACUACAAGAAAAAAGUGAUUUUUAAGGUUUUAUUUGUUGAAGGAACAUUGUCAGUGAAGUGUACAUGCUACAGGUAUGAAUUUAGAGGAAUAUUAUGCAGGCAUGUAAUAAUUGUGUUCAUUCGUAGUGGUCAAUAUUUGGUUCCAGAUAAUUACAUAUUUACUCGGUGGAGGAAAGAUGUGAGGAGAUGUCAUUCUCGAGUCAAAAUUAAUUACGAGGGAUGGAUUGUGACAAUGGAGCAGCUUUGA